UUUGCGAUCAAAACAGGCAAAUUCCCAGAGAAUAAAAAUGAGCGCCGAGUCCUCAGUGACCAAGAGGUUAGAUGGUAAGGUGGCAGUGAUAACCGGUGGCGCCAGUGGCCUAGGAGAGUGUACAGCAAGGCUGUUCCUCAAACACGGGGCCAAAGUCGUGAUCGCCGAUGUUCAAGACGAAUUGGGUCACAACCUUUGCCAAGUGCUCGGAACCGAAGAUAUCAGCUAUGUCCACUGCGAUGUAACGAGCGAACCCGAUGUCGAAAACGCCGUGCAAACGGCGGUUUCCAAGUACGGGAAGCUCGACAUCAUGUUCAACAAUGCGGGGAUCAUGGGGGACAAUGAAGUGAGAGUGACGGACACCAGCACCGAGGUCUUCAAAAGAGUGUACGACGUGAAUGUGUUGGGUGGAUUCUUGGGUGCUAAGUAUGCAGCCAGGGUCAUGGUUCCGGCCAAGAAAGGCUGCAUCCUGUUCACCGCGAGUCUUUCUUCGAAAAUCAGCUACGGCAACCCGCACCCCUACAAGUCAUCGAAGCACGCCGUGGCGGGGUUGACUAAAAGCUUGGCGGUGGAGCUAGGUGAGUAUGGGAUUAGAGUGAACUGCAUUUCGCCUCAUGCCACUGCCACCCCAUUGUUCCAGAAAACACUCGGACUGUUCGACAAGAAGAAGGGGGAGGAGAUGAUUGCUGUUUCGGCGGUGUUGAAAGGGACCGUGUUGGAACCCGAAGACUUCGCAAAUGCUGCCUUGUAUUUGGCGAGUGAUGAGGCUAAAUAUGUGAGCGGUGUUAACUUGCCAAUUGAUGGAGGGUAUAGCCUCAGCAAUCAGUCGUGGAAGAUGGGACUCUCAAUCCUUUCUGAAUAAACCGUGUUGUCCUUGUUCUAUGUUCUACUGUAAGCAAAAUAAACUUGCCACAACUAUAGAUCAAUAAUAGAGGGUUGUCUGGGUGUGAUUACCGCUCGGUACUUUUGAUGUUAGCUUUUCAUCGAUGCAAAUUUCAUAUUGUUGUACCGUUCAACUUAUAUGAGUAGUGAAACUAUCGGUUUUUAUUUCA